AUGGUCAAAAUUACAUCUGCAUAUGUCCUCUCAUCGUUCCUCCUUGGUCAGUGCCCAAGUCUGCAGGCAGAUGUUCCUCUAGCUGUGGUUGAGGAGAUCCUCCUGAAUCUGCCUGCUCAUCAGGUGGUGCGAGUCUGUCGUCUGGUGUGUCAUGAGUGGAAGGAGCUGGUGGACAGUGCUGCACACUGGAGAGUGCGCUGUCGGAGAGAGGGGAUCCAGCCACGUGAUGCUUCCAGACCACCAGAUGACUGGCGCUUGUUUUACUUCUUAACUAAGAAUCGACGUAACUUGCUCAAGAGCAGGUGGAUGAACUUCAAGGCUGGAAUAUUAUACAGAAUGUGGAUAACUGCUGGGCUGCACAUGAAUAUAGACGUAGUCCUAAAUUUCUGGACAACAAGGUUGUGUUGGAAGCAACAGCUGAUUGAUUUGAAGAAAGAAGGCUACAGCGCUGCUUUCAUGGAUCAACUGCAACAGUCAUACAUGGCAUCUGUGGAAAGGCAUGAGUACAAGUAA